AUGGACAAAAGUUGGAUGAGUUUGGGUGAUAGACUUCUAUCACCUGCUUACGCUGAAGGGGUUAAUAGUUUCCUUAGAAUGGCACGAACUCAUUCCAUGGGAAGUGAUCGCAUUCAGUGUCCGUGCCGUAUAUGCUGUAAUAACCUCUUCUUGCCUAUAUUUGAGGUGGAGUCGCAUUUGUUCAUAAAAGAGAUAGAUCCAACUUACACUCACUGGAUAUUUCAUGGGGAGGAGGAAACACUCCCCAUCAUUGACAAUGAUGUUGAUCCCGGAGUUGAAAGUGGAGACGUGUACAUUGAUGACAUGGACCGUAUAUUCGAUGACAUAUGGGCAGCCACAUUCGGAGAUGCUCGUGAAGACAACACAACGUCACCAGCUCACUCAGCAAUACCACAAUCCUCCCCAUCCACUACUUUCGACCAACAAUUAGAGGAUGCCCAACGUCCUCUUUUUGACGGCUGCACAAAAUUCUCAAAGCUCUUCUUCAUAGUGAAGUUGUUAUACAUUAAAACACUUGGUGGGUGGUCAAUCAAGUCUUUUGAUAUGCUUCUAAGCCUUUUGCCAUCAGCCUUUCAUAAUGCUGAAUUGCCACAAUCAUAUGAGGAGGAAAAUGUUAAUCUUAAUGAGUGCCCUAUCUGUAAGGCUUCACAAUGGAUGCCAAAUACACACGGCUCACGAGUAAUCCCUCAAAAAGUGCUUCGACAUUUUCCUUUGAAGCCAAGAUUGCAGCGUCUCUUUGUGUCAAGCAAGAUAGCAGGUGACAUGAGAUGGCAUAAGGAGCAGCGGGUCACCGAUGAGACUAGUAUGAGACAUCCUGCUGACUCUGAAGCCUGGAAGACAUUUGAUCAAGCUAACCCCAUAUUUGCUAGGGAUGCUUGCAAUGUUAGGCUCGGGAAUGACAUUGAUGUUUAUUUACAACCGUUAAUUGAUGAGUUACUUGAACUUUGGGAACAUGGGGUACCUACAUUUGAUGCAUCUACUAAGGAAAUGUUCAUGUUACAUGCUGCCUUAUUGUGGACGAUCAACGACUUUCCCGCAUAUGGAAAUCUAUCUGGGUGGUCAACAAAAGAGAAACUGGCAUGUCCGUCUUGCAAUGAAAGUACAGAUUCCAAUUGGCUGAAAUAUGGCAGAAAACAUUGUUAUAUAGGACAUCGACGUCUUGCAAUGAAAGUACAGAUUCCAAUUGGCUGA